AUGAAAUCUAUAAACCACACAGCUGCUUCAGAAUUCCUUCUCUUAGGACUGUCAGAUGACCAAGGGCAACAAGCUGUCAUCUUCAACCUCUUCCUGGCCAUGUACCUGGUCACCAUUGUGGGAAACCUGCUCAUCAUCCUGGCCGUCAGCUCUGACUCCCACCUCCACACCCCCAUGUACUUCUUUCUCUCUAACCUGUCCUUCAAUGACAUCUGUAUGAGUACCACCAUCAUUCCAAAGGUGCUGGUGAGCAUCCAAGCACAGGAUCAGAGCAUCACCUACACAGGCUGCCUCUCUCAGGUUGGCUUUGUCAUUGUUUUUGGAUUCAUGGAAAACUGCCUCCUUGCGGUGAUGGCCUAUGACCGCUAUUUGGCCAUCUGUAGCCCCCUCAGGUACACGAUCAUCAUGAACCCUCGCCUCUGUGGUCUUCUGGCUCUGUCAUCUCUGUUUCUGAGUGUUGUGGAUGCCCUGCUCCACAGCCUGAUGCUGUCACAGCUGUCCUUCUGCAGAGACCUGAGAAUCCCUCACUUCUUCUGUGAGCUUACCCAGAUUGUCAAACUUGCCUGCUCUGAUACUGUCAUUCUUUAUACCCUGAUGUAUAUUACUGCUUGUGUAUUUGGUGGUGUUCCUAUCUCUGGAAUUAUUUUCUCUUAUGUUCAUAUCAUGUCCUCUGUUAUGAGAAUGCCAUCACUGGAAGGAAAGUAUAAAGCCUUUUCUACCUGUGGGUCCCACCUCUCAGUUGUUUCCUUAUUUUAUGGCACAGGUUUUGGGGUGUACAUUGGGUCCACAGCUACAGCUUCACCAAGGAAGACUGCAGUGGCUUCAGUGAUGUAUUCUGUGGUCCCUCAAAUGAUGAACCCCUUUGUCUAUAGUUUGAGGAACAGGGACAUGAAAGAAGCCUUGAGGAGACUUAUUAGUAGGACAUCUUUCCUUCUAUGA